AUGGCUGCGGGAGCCGGGACGGUGGGCCCUGCUUCCGGCCCGGGCGUCGUACGUGACCCUGCGGCGUCACAGCCGAGGAAGCUGUCGGGCCGGGAGGGCGGGGAGGGCGCGCGACGGUCGGACGCGAUGGCGGGAGGAGGCGGGAGCAGCGACGGCAGCGGGCGGGCUGCGGGCCGACGGGCAUCCCGUAGCGGCGGUCGGGCCCGGCGUGGGCGCCAAGAGCCGGGGCUGGGGGGCGCCGCGCAACGCGGCGCGGGGGAGUCGCGAUUGGAGGAGGCGGUCAACCGCUGGGUGCUCAAGUUCUACUUCCACGAGGCGCUGCGGGCCUUUCGGGGUAGCCGGUACGGGGACUUCAGACAAAUCCGGGACAUCAUGCAGGCUUUGCUUGUUAGGCCCUUGGGAAAGGAGCAUACCGUGUCCCGACUGCUACGUGUUAUGCAGUGUCUGUCGCGCAUUGAAGAAGGGGAAAAUUUAGACUGUUCCUUUGAUAUGGAGGCUGAGCUCACACCACUGGAAUCAGCUAUCAAUGUGCUGGAGAUGAUUAAAACGGAAUUUACAUUGACAGAGGCAGUGAUCGAAUCCAGUAGAAAACUGGUCAAGGAGGCUGCUGUCAUUAUUUGUAUCAAAAACAAAGAAUUUGAAAAGGCUUCAAAAAUUUUGAAAAAACAUAUGUCCAAAGACCCUGCGACUCAGAAGCUGAGAAAUGAUCUCCUGACCAUAAUCCGUGAAAAGAACUUGGCCCACCCUGUUAUCCAGAACUUUUCUUAUGAGACUUUCCAGCAGAAGAUGCUGCGCUUCCUGGAGAGCCACCUGGAUGACACAGAACCCUACCUUCUCACGAUGGCCAAAAAGGCUCUGAAAUCUGAGUCUGCUGCCUCAAGUACAGUGAAGGAAGACAAACAGCCAGCAUUAGAACCUGUGGAAAAGCCACUCAGAGAACCUGAAAGGCACCUACUGAAUACUCCAACCACCAUUGGAAUCAUGACUCUGAAAGCAGCUUUCAAGGCUCUGUCCGGUGCACAGGAUUCUGAGGCAGUUUUCUCAAAAUUAGACCAGAAGGAUCUAGUACUUCCUAAUCAGGUGUUCUCACCUUCACCAGCCCUCAAAAACAAGAGACUGAGAAAAGAUGAAAAUGAGAGUUCAGCCCCUGCUGAGGGUAGCUCUGAACUGCAGCCCAAGAACAAGCGCAUGACAAUAAGCAGAUUGGUUUUGGAGGAGGACAGCCAGAGUUUGGGGCACAGCUCUCCCCAGGAAGUCAUUCCAGGAUCACCUUCCAAGCCCACCGUUCUCAACCAACCUCUCCCUGGGGAGAAGAAUCCCAAAGUACCCAAAGGCAAGUGGAACAACUCUAAUGGAGUUGAAGAAAAAGAGACUUGGGUAGAAGAGGACGAACUGUUUCAAGUUCAGGCAGCACCAGAGGAAGAAACUGCAACCAGUAUGACAAGAAAACAGAAGUGGACUGUAGAAGAAAGCGAGUGGGUCAAGGCUGGAGUGGAGAAAUAUGGGGAAGGAAACUGGGCUGCCAUUUCUAAAAACUACCCAUUUGUUAACCGAACAGCUGUGAUGAUUAAGGAUCGCUGGCGGACCAUGAAGAGACUUGGCAUCAACUGAAACAGGCUUUCAUUUCCACAGAAUGAACAGGAACAUGGUUCCUAUUAAUAGCCCCUGAUAGUGUGCUGUUUAUUUCAGAAGCUGAGCUGAGCUGAGAAUUCCGGCCUCCUUCCAUGUGGGGGAGGUCCCAGUUCCAUUUCAGUGCUGUUGGAGAUAAAGCCAAGCCAAGCCCACCCCCAUGUCCUUGGCAGACAUGAAAGCCACACAGCUUAUAUAGUGCCAGGACAUCAUUGAUGUUUCUCUUCUUUAGUGAUUUGUUUGAAUUUGAAGCCCUGGUAAUCUGUAGAACCGUCUCCUAGGAAAUGGUGGAGUCUAUUAGGAGCGACAUAUGACUUCAUGACCUGUCAAAACCAGCAACAAAAGCAUUAUUUGGAGAAGUUGUUCCAGGUAAAGGUUUGGCCUUCUGAAGCAAAUGCAGAGGAACUUCGUCUGAGCCCAGGCUGAUGAUAGAUCAGUCUUUGUGGAAUCAGAGUCCCUUUUAGCCAGAUGUGACAUCCACACCUAGACCUGAUGCCUUGGCAUUUUCUCUUAAUUGCUGGGCACAGUUCCCAUGUGGUUGAACCACUGUGUUUUUUGGUAAAACGGUGAUUGUAGAUAAGCUUAGCUUCCCACUCCCACUCUCCUCAAAUCCUCCCUUCUCAAUUUCCUUCCAUUCCUCAUGUUGGACUUUUAAAGCUUUUAAAAACAAAAAACAAACAAACAAAAAACCCACAAAAAACCCUGAUUGAAUAUAAAUGCCUAAUUCCAUUCUUUGUGAAAUGGUUGCUACUGCCUGAUUCCCUAAUUGUGCUGUGUUAGUGUCUUGCACUGGAAUUCAACAUUCCCUUCUCCUUUUGUACUGUGUUGUGCUUGCUGUCUCUCUUGGAUAUCCUUGAAGACUGUCUUUUUAGCAAAAAUUUCAGUAAAGUGUUUUCUGUAAUCUUUUUUUAAAAUAUGAGAACUAACUCUUGUCCAUAACUUGUAGCAUUCUUCAUUAAAGUCAUGCUUCUCUCCAA